GGCAUGGGAACGAGAGUCAUUGACCCCUGGUGACCCCAACAUGGCUACCUCGACGGAUAGAAUGGAUAAUCUAGUUCGAGAUUACCUCCUUUUUAGGGGUUUUACCAGCACGCUGAAAGUUUUCGAGGGAGAGAUUAAGUCAGAUAAGGACAGGGGAUUCCGUGCUGACAAGGUGGUUGACCAGAUGAUUGGGUACAUCCAGCAGUAUGAGUUGGGAGCGCUGCGGGAGUACUGGGGACAUCUGGACAGGAGAGUGUUCUGUCGACUGGAGCAUGCUCACUCCACAGGUGUGAAUAAGCUCUCCCGGAGCCUGCUGAGACUGUACCUUGUCCACGCGAUGCAGAAUGGCCGCACUGAGAAGGUGACGGAAUUCUUUGAAAAGUUGGCCCCAGAGAUCCAGGGUCAACCAGAAUGGAGGGAAUGGUUUGUGCUACCAUUUUUGUCCAGCCCAGAGCAGAACCCAGCAUUCAUGAUGUACUUCACUAAGCAGUGGGCAGACACCUUCAUCGUCUCCCUCCAUAACUUCCUCAGUGUCAUCUUCCACAGCAUGCCUGUGCCAACCUUACUGAGUUUUGAGAUGGAGCAAGCCAAGAUGGUACAGCUGAAGGAAGAGAAUGACAUGCUCAGGCAGCAGGUCGCAGUGUUACAGCAGAGGGAACUGAAAAAAGCUCUGAAGGAGAAGGAAAAGGUGAAACUAGCAGGUUCAGGAGAGCUCAUGGAUGAAUUCUAUGCCGGCCCAAUGGAAACAAGGGCUGAUCCAGACAGCACAAAGGUUGCCAGAGGAAAGAGCUCCAACUCCCCGUCCCCUGUCCGUAAACCCACCCUCCUGUCCACCAUCAAGCCACAGCUCGCAUCAGCCAAGAAACCAACCGGGAAAACAACAGCAGUCAUGCAAAAAAAAGAGGACAAUACACAGAGACCAGUCAGCCCAGGGGUGCAGAGGAAGGCCCAGGCAGAUGUGGCAAAAUCAGCCAAGCCUGCCGCUGAGUCAGCCAAGACAACACUGGUGCAGAAACAGGUCAUGAAGCAACAGAAGGCCGUCAGUCUGGAGCAGCAGCGCAGAGAGCUGCUGUCUAAAGCACAGGCUGCACAGGCCAGAUCGAAUGCCUUGGCUCAAGAGACACAAGAGUCUACCCUGAUGAGAAAGGAGACUGAAGCACCUAAGGAUGCACAAAAGUUGGCUGGCCCGUCUUUUACUGCAAAAGAGUCAAAAGCUGGUGUGAAACAGGAGGCCGAUGGUCUGUCUCCGAGAGAUGGUCUCUCAAGCUUGUCUGUCUCAACUGAAAAGAUCCCUACUAAAGAAAUAGAAGAGCAGCACCCCUUUCUUGUUCUGAGUCAGGAGGACUACAUAGAGCACCAUUCCUCCAUCACCCACUGUCGCUUCUCUGUGUCAGGAACCUGCAUCGCUAGUGCAGAUAUCGAUGGGGUCGUCAAGGUGUGGAACUUCAGCCCCGCCCCUGUAACCAUAGCGACCAUCAUGUCCAAGUCUCCUAUCCAAUCACUGGAGUGGGUGACCAAGCCCAGCAGGCUGCUUCUCCUAGGCAGCAGACAGAGCACAGUGAGACUGUACGAUACCGAGGCUAAGAAGAACCUGGUGGAAUCACAGACAGAUCCACAGUAUCCACGUGUUGUGACCAUGGCCUGUAGUCCCAGUGGGAGCAGUUUUGUUUGUGGGAUGGCCAGACAGACUGGGAGUAUAGAGGGAAGACUGCAGAUGUGGGAUAUGAAGACCAUGAAAGUACAGCGAGAGCUGCCCCUUGACCCUCCAUCUGUGUGUGCCAACUGUACAGCUUUCACUUUCAACGGACACCUGCUGGUCAGUGGAGCAUCCGAUGGAGUCAUCAGGCUCUACGAUAUGCAGCGGUAUGACUGCCUGAUGAGUUGGCAGGCCCACAGUGGAGAGGUGUACUCUGUACAGUUCAGCUGUGACGAGACCUCCAUCUUCAGCAUGGGGGCUGAUGGGAAGUUCCUGGAGUGGAGUGUACACAGAGUGGGGAGUAAGCUGGCAGAUUUGCCGGUACACGACGGUGCCACGGGUCCGUUUGUCGUGUCUGGGUACGGUGGCUACAAACAGGUGCAGGCCCCUGGAGGGAAGCUGUUCGCCUUUGAUGCAGAAGGGAACUACGUUCUAACCUGCACAGGAAAUGGUGGGAUCAUUUAUAAGCUGGGAGAUUCCACCCUCAACAAGACCUUGUCUCUGGGAGGUCAUAGGUCACCUGUGGUCAGUGUGGACUGGUGUACAGCAAUGAACUGUGGGACGUGCGUGACAGGCUCCAUGGACGGGAAAAUCAAAGUAUCCACUCUCCUCAUGCAGUGAUUGGUGCAAUUUUAGUCUCGCUGCUUGAUAACAGAACACUUUGAAUGAUAAGAGACAACAUGGUUUAGGUCAUAGAAAAUUGCUGUGCAGCCCAGUUACUCCAAAUUGCAUAUACUUAAAUGGCUGAAUAUCCUACUCAAAGAUCAUUGAAGACUACUCAAAGUAGCAGAGUGUAUGGUAUGGAAUGUGUUAACUGCAGAAUUAUAUAAAGGAUGUUGAUACAUGUAAUGAUCAGAAUACUGCAAGGUCCUUUGAGUAGGAUUGAAGUGGAACUUUUAUUGUUUACUAUUAUGCUUGAUAAAAAGUGGCAAUACCAAACAAUUCUGCAUAAGUACGAAUCAAACAGACAUGUUUAACAUAGUUUAAUACUGCACCAUAUUCUAGCACCAAGAAAGUAGAAAGGGUAUACAUUGCACCAAAGUCAUAAUAUUGAAUUUGUUACAAGCAGGCUUGUACAUGUAGCUGAAACUAUUGAAACAGUACAGAAUAAAGCAAGGAUACAACAGA